CACAAGGAUGAUGAACUUCCCAAUAGGAUGUGCCAUUAGUCCUUUUCUGUCCUGAAUUGAAACAAAUGAAAACAUUGCAAUUGCCUAAUACACUCCGACCUGCAUUCUAGAAUGUGUGUGACCAACUCAGGGAUGGAGCCAGAAAUUAUAGAAGAUCAGGGUUGGAAGAGACCUCAGGAGGUCAUCUGGUCCCAUCCCCUGCUCAAAGCUCAAAUCAACAACUUGCUUUCAGGGAAGCAGUGCUAGUCUUCUCAUUGAUACACUUCCACCUACAGCCCACAAAGUAUAUUUUAAUCUUUCCAUAUGUUUCUUUAAGUUCUGUGUGUACUUAGUGCUCUAUAUUUAUUGCUGCUUAAAACCCUAAGUGAAUGUAUAUGCUAAUUGCCAGUGCACAAGUUGCCUCCUAGUGAGAUUCUAAUUCAGGCCCCUUAGGGUUUGGCUACACUGGAGAAUUGCAGCGCUGGUGGUGGCUUUACAGCGCUGCAACUCACUCCCCGUCCACACUUGCAAGGCACAUUCAAUGCUGUAUCUCCCUGGCUACAGUGCUGGCUGUACUCCACCUCAGCCUGGGGAAUAAUGACUAUAGCACUGCUGAUGCAGCGCUGCUCCGCCAGUGUGGCCACCAAAAGUGCUGUUAUUGGCCUCCAGAGGUAUUCGGAGAUAUCCCAGAAUGCCUGUUCAGCCACUCUGCUCAUCAGUUUGAACUCUACUGCCCUGGCCUCAGGUGACCCGCCCUUUAAAUGCCUUGGGAAUUUAAAAAAAUCCCCUUCCUGUUUGCUCAGCCAGGUGUGGAGUGCAAUCAGUGAAUCUUUCCAGGUGACCAUGCCUCCACGCGCCAAACGAGCCCCAGCAUGGAGCAAUGGCGAGUUGCUGGACCUUAUCAGUGUUUGGGGAGAGGAAGCUGUGCAGUCCCAGCUGCGCUCCAGCUGUAGGAAUUAUGAUACCUGCGGCCAGAUAUCAAGGGCCAUGCUGGAAAGGGGCCAUGACUGGGACGCGCUGCAGUGUAGGGUUAAAGUGAAGGAGCUGUGGAGUGCCUAUUGCAAAGCCCGUGAGGUAAAAUGCCGCUCCGGCGCUGCCCCCACGACCUGCCAUUUUUACAAAGAGCUGGACGCGAUACUUGGGGGUGACCCCACCACCAAUCCGAGGACCAUGAUGGACACUUCAGAGCGGGAGGGGGGGAGAAGGAAACUGAGAGUGAGGGUACUGGGGUGGGGGAAGACACCCCGGAGUCCCUGGAGGCAUGCAGCCAGGAGCUCUUCGCAAGCCAGGAGGAAGGUAACCAGUUGCAGCAGCUGGUACUUGGUGGAGGACAAACAGAGGAGCGGGUUCCCAGUAAGUGGCUUUUAUUUUCAGGAUGGAAAUUUUUCGAGAGAGGAGGGAGGGUUAGGGCUGCAUGCAUGCCUAGAUGUGUUUAUUGGGAGAUCCACUGCGGUCCUUGUCCUAGUCUGGCUAACGCGUCCGCGCCACUGUGCCACGAGGGGUGGGGGGACCAUUGCAAGACACAGGCAAACUGCAUAGGGGCCAGGGCAGAAUCCGCAUUGCUGUAGAAGACCCCCCUGCUCUUCCCAGGUGACCCGCAGCAGCGAGAUAUCUUCCAGGAUCAGCUCCUGUGGAAAAUGUUGGGAGAGUGUUCAGUGUAGGUGCCCCCUGCAGCUGUUUGCUUUCCCCAACGGACAGAAACCCCGAGGACAGAACAGCCCUGAAGCAAUCAGUCCCCCUUACUCACCAUUUCAGGGCUCCUGUGGGUUAUGUGCGCUCUCUUUGGUAUGGGAAAAUUAUGCUAUUGUGACGACUGUAAACUCCUUCACUGUGUGGGAAUAACUGUCUGAUAUAAACAAUACUGCUUCUGUUAAGUGUUGCCUUUUUUGCCUUUCCACAAGCAACCUUGAGAUCUCGGCUGCCCAUGUUAUUAACAGCUCAAAGACUCCAAAACCUCCGGAAGGAGCCGCGAAAAAGCAAAGAAGACCUGCUGCAAGCAGUUAUGGAUCACUCUGUCACAGAGAAUCAAAAAGUGCAGGACUGGAGGGAAAGGGAAAGCAGGAUCCGCCAGAAAAACGCAGCGGCCAGGAAGAAAAGCACAAAGCAGCUGAUAAGCAUCCUGGCGUGCCAAGCGGACUCUAUCCAGGCGCUCGUAGCCAUGCAGGCAGAGCACUACAGCAUCGGCCCCGCCCCCUCAUCCCAAAGCUCUUUCCCUUGUGCCCCAAUGUCAGCUCAAAACCCCCUUCCCCAGCAUCCAGGUUUUUACCACCACCAGCUGCCUCCAACACCUGUAAGUUCACCUACCAGCCCUGAGAACUACGACCUUUACCCUCUGCACUCAACCCCCACCACCAUGCAGUAUAGGCAUCCUGAAGUGCAGCAGUCAUUGCACAGCACUCCAGACAGGAUAUUUUCAAACCUGUGACUGUACAGUUCCACCCCCCACCCCACCCCCCUGCCCUUUUAGGUUCCCAAAAUGUUGUGUGUCUGUCAAUAAAGUUAUUUUCUUUUCAA